AUUUGUAAACACAUUUCAUUUGUAAACAUAACACAUAUUUUAACGUAUUAUUUAUAGAACAAAUAUAGCAGUGUUAAAAUUGCAAUUAUCAGUGGAAACAAUGGGAAAGUCUAGUAAGCCAAAGAGUGUACUAAUGGUGUGCGUGGAUAAUAUUAGUCGAUCUCCCAUAGCGGAGGCUGUUCUGCAUGACGCCAUCUGCAAGUUGGGACUCCAGAACGAGUGGCGAGUGGACAGCGCCGCCAUCGAGGGUUGGAACUUGGGUGCCAAGCCAGAUCCCAGGGCCUUGAGUGUGCUCAGACAUCACAACAUUGAGUAUUAUAGCUGCGCCCGGCGUUUGGUCUUGGAUGACUUUGAUAAAUUCGAUUAUAUCUUGGGUAUGGAUCAGAGUAAUAUGGCCUCGCUAAAACUCUUGAUGCCGCACUAUUCGAAUGCCACGUUACUUUUGCUAAGUGACUUUUUGUUUGGUUUCGAGCCAAACCAUCGAGCAAUUGAGGAUCCCUACUACGCCCCUUUCGAGAAGAUAUUCGAGCAAUGCUCGUAUGCGUGCUCCAGCUUUUUAAAACAAGCGCGUCGUAAUCAAAUUGUAAUUUAACAGCCCCAUUGACAGGCAAACAACAGCUGAUGGUGGAAGCUGCCAACUUGAAGUUAGUGUUGGACAACGACAACUUGUAGCUUUUCAGUAGUAGGGCUGCAGAAACAUGAGUAGAUGGCUCAUGCAAUCGGUAAAUUUGAGGUUCCAGCGAUAAAUUAUGUAUCGCAACAGAAAACGAUCACGAUAACGUUGCUUAAUUUAAAUUUUAGGUA